AUUUUAUCAGGUUCAGCUAUCUGCUAAAUGCAUCGAUGGGAUGGUGUUUUGUUUUCUUCUAAAUAAAUAAAUAGAAAAUUACAUUAAAUAAAUUGUGUAAUUUAACAUUUGUGUUCACUUAUGUUCCAAGCCAGGCAGUAAGAGUAGAUUUCCCGUCACUAACGCUGUGAUAAUUGAGUGUCCAUCGGUGUUCUCGUUUGCAAUCUACAAGUCCUAACAAUCAUGCUGGUGCUAGUGCUGGGCGAUUUGCACAUUCCGCAGAGAUGCAGCAGCUUGCCAGCCAAAUUCAAAAAGUUGCUGGUCCCGGGAAGAAUUCAUCAUAUACUCUGUACGGGCAACCUGUGCAGUAAGGAGUCAUUCGAUUAUCUGAAAACAUUGGCCAAUGAUGUGCACAUUGUUCGAGGUGAUUUCGACGAAAACAUGAACUAUCCGGAGCAAAAAGUUGUAACCGUGGGACAAUUUCGUGUCGGCUUGACACACGGACACCAGGUCGUUCCCUGGGGAGAUCCAGAAGCAUUGGCGCUCAUCCAGCGGCAGCUUGAUGUGGAUAUUUUGAUUUCCGGCCACACGCAUAAGUUUGAGGCAUACGAGCAUGAAAGUAAGUUCUAUAUCAAUCCCGGUUCGGCGACCGGGUCGUACUCGGCACUCGAUUCCGCUGUAAUUCCGUCUUUCGUGCUAAUGGACAUUCAGAGCACUACCGUUGUGACGUACGUGUACCAGCUGGUAGGCGAUGAUGUCAAAGUGGAAAGAAUUGAGUAUAAGAAAAAUUGAAUCUUUACAAUGUAUAUAAAUAAGAAUACCAAUGUUAUUAUACUUUCCUAAUAAGUAAAGGAAUAAAAAUUAUGUAUCAUUAUUCAAAACUGUUCUAU